GAGAAAUUCACACUUUAUGGGAAGCCAAAAGAGGCAAAGAAUUCUGUAGGCGGGGCUGAUUUCUCCGUUUCCUCCCAUCACUAUCCUGGCGUCCUGUGAGUGCCACCUCUUUCCAUCUGGUACUUCCCCAAACUGCCAGCCCUUUUACUGCCAACUCUUUCCUAGAUUCUAGAACUUGGGUUUCAAGGGUGUCUCCAGAUAUCCUUCUGAUGCCUGUUACCUUUUAUGUUGUCGCUUUCCCUUCUAGGGCACACUCUGGUGGAGUGGAACAGUUUGACUGCUGCCUCCGGAGAAGCAUUUACAAGAAUAAGUUUGAGUUGACAUGUGUGGGACCUAGCCAGGUGAUUGUGAAGAACCUGUCAUCGGGGACCUGGGUGGUACUCAAGUCACACUAUGGCUACGAGGUGGAAGAGGUGAAAAUCCUCAGAAAGGAACGUUACCUGGUGGCCCACACAUCAGACACGCUCCUGCUGGGGGACCUGAACACUAAUCGCCAUAGUGAGGUGUGCAUGAUCUUCAAUGCUGGAGAGCUAACCCCGGUGGAAUAUGGGCGUCAUGAUACCUUGGGUUCUGUGCGUACUGAAUUCAUGAACCCCCACCUCAUCAGUGUCCGUAUUAAUGAGCGGCGUCAACGAGGGAUGGAAGACAAUAAGAAAUUGGCUUAUCUUGUCGAUGUUAAGACUAUUGCUAUCGGCUCUACGUGACAGUGGAAGAGCCUGAUCUUGCCAUCACCAUGUUCAAAAAGCACAAGCUGGAUGAUGAUAUGAUCCGCCUGGUAGGGAAGCACCACCCAGAUCUCCUCAGUGACACACACCUACGCCUGGGCAAGGAGCUGGAGGCUGAAGGCCGACUGCAGGAGGCCGAGUAUCACUACCUCGAGGCUCAGGAGUGGAAGGCAACAGUGAACAUGGACCAGUCCAAUGGGCUUUUGGAGGAGGCCUACCGGGUGGCCAAGGCUCACAGAGGAGCUGAUGCCCACAAGCACGUGGCCUAUCUGUGGGCAAAGAGCCUGGGAGGAGCAUCCUCAGUGAGACUGCUCACUAAGCUCGGACUCCUGGCAGCUGCCGUGGACCAUGCCACCGACAACUGCUCAUUUGAAUUUGCUUUUGAACUCUCCCGGCUGGCCCUCAAGCACAAAACCCCUGAGAUGCAUCUCCGACAUGCUCUGUACCUGGAGGAUGAGGGUAAAUUUGAAGAGGCCGAAGCUGAAUUCAUCAGGGCUGGUACGCCCAAGGAAGCAACCCUCAUGGGCAUGGAGGGGUUCGUGGACCAAGCUCGCCAGUGGGAGCAGGCUGGAGACUAUAGCCCUGCUGUCGACUGCUACCUGAAGGUGCGGGGCUCAGGCAGCAGCAGCCUGGAGGAAAAGUGCUGGAUGAAGGUGAGGCGGGCUCCACCCUUCCUGGCCGCCCACUUCCCGGACCGCCCUCACAGCCAGCAUUCCUCCUCAGACAUUGCUUUUUCCUCCUGGGCCUCUCAUUUUCGCUCAGGCGGCAGGUACCUGCUGAGUGCUUGCUAGAUGCUAGAGCCAGAACUAGGAAAACUAUAAAAGGGGAUCUGAGGCAGAACGCCUAACAGACUGAAAUUGGGGGAAGUUGGACACCACUGUGGCUCAGCUGAUUGAGUACCUCGGUGAAGAUAAAGGAUGUGAUUUGAAGUGGAGUUCAGAGGCCGGUGAGGUCUCGACUGAGAGGGAGGGAGGCUCUGUGAGGGAGGGGGCAGACCUGGGACCAGAGCUGGAAGGGCAAAUCCAGAGGCCGGAGCUGGGGCCAGAAGGAAGCCAGGAAGAAAGUAGAGUCUCCUCCUCUACAUAGAAGCUCCUAAAGAGAAGAAUCUAGCCGGUUAAGCCAAGUCAGUAGGUUUCAUCAAUUCCUAAACAUAUAUAUAAUCACAUUUUAUUAUCUUAGAAAUUGGGUUGCAUAUCAAGUUUUAUAUAUUUUUUUAAAAUUUCAUUUAUUUAUUUGACACAGAGAGAGAGAUCACAAGUAGGCAGAGAGGCAGGCAGAGAGACAGGGGGAAGCAGGCUCCCUGCUGAGCAGAGAGCCUGAUGCAGGGCUCCAUCCCAGGACCCUGAGAUCAUGACCCAAGCUGAAGGCAGAGGGUUAACCCACUGAGCCAUUCAGGCGCCCCUGCAUGUGAAGUUUUAAAUGAUAUAUCUGGGGUACCUGGGUGACUUGGUGGGUAAAGCAUCUGACUCUUAUUAAUUUUCCGCUCAGCACAUGAUCUAGGAUUGUGAGAUCAAGUUCUGCAAUGGGCUCUGCACUGGGUGCGGAUCUGCCUUAGAUUCACUCUUCUUCUCCCUCUGCCACACCCCACUCGUGCUAUCUAAAACAAAGUAAAUGAUGCAUCUUUGAUUCAGAGAAAUACGGUAUUAG